CAUACCCCUUUUUUCUUUUUCUCACAACCGAAAUAUGUCAGAUAACGCCAUCAAGAUUUUUACAGGUAACUCCCACCCUGAGCUUGCUAAGCUUGUGGCCAGCCGUAUCGGUAUUGAUUUGGCCAAGGCUGUUGUGAUGAAAUACUCGAACCAAGAAACCUCAGUGACAGUGGGAGAGUCAGUGCGUGAUGAAGAUGUUUUUAUUAUCCAGUCAGGUUGUGGAGAAAUCAAUGAUAAUUUGAUGGAACUCUUGAUCUUGAUUAAUGCCUGUAAGACAGCCUCUGCUCGUCGUAUUACAGCAGUCAUUCCUUGUUUCCCUUAUGCUCGUCAAGACAAGAAGGAUAAGAGCCGUGCUCCUAUUACUGCUAAAUUAACUGCCAACAUGUUGACAGUGGCAGGUGCUAACCAUGUCAUUACCAUGGAUCUUCAUGCCUCUCAAAUCCAAGGCUUUUUCAAUAUCCCCGUCGAUAACUUGUAUUGUGAACCCUCCAUGAUCAAGUACAUUCGCACAAAGAUCCCCGACUGGACCAAUGCCAUUAUUGUAUCCCCUGAUGCGGGAGGAGCCAAGCGUGCUACUUCUAUUGCAGAUCGUCUUGAACUUGAUUUUGCCUUGAUCCACAAGGAACGUAAGAGAGCCAAUGAGGUAUCUCGUAUGGUUUUGGUAGGUGAUGUGAGUGGUAAGAUUGCAAUUUUGGUCGAUGAUAUGGCAGAUACGUGUGGUACACUUGGCUUAGCGGCCAAGACCCUUGUUGAGAACGGUGCCGUUAAAGUGUACGCGAUUGUUGCUCAUGGUAUUCUUUCUGGCAAGGCCAUCAAGGUCAUUAACGAAUCUGUCAUUGAAAAGCUUGUGGUGACCAACACCAUUCCUCACCAAGACAAGAUGGCCAUUUGUCCUAAACUUGACGUCAUUGACAUUUCACCUACUCUUGCUGAAGCCAUUCGUAGAACUCAUAACGGUGAAUCUGUUUCUUACCUCUUUUCUCAUGCUCCUGAAUAAGUUUUAUUCUUGUUUUAUACACAUACUCAACUGCAUCCCCUCUUCCUUCCCCUUUCCUCCUCUCUUUUUAUUUUAUUUACUAUCUCAUAUUUAUAAAAAAUCCAAACUAUA